GUUGACCGUGUUGCGGGUUUCGUUCGGCUCUCGGUGAGAACGACAUCAAAGGGCGGUGGUUUCCACAAUGGCGGGAAUGAGGCGUUCGGUGCGACACAGUACCCAGAGCCAUCAACGUCAGCUCUGCGAUUUUCUGUAUUCCGAGAACCACGGGAAUUGGAUGCCUUUUUAGCUGCAGGCUGAAGUCAGUGACAGGCACGGGAAGGAUGAGGGCUUUGCGCUUGACAGGACGCGAUCCAGCGGUGGAGAGGAUCAGCGAGGGUCGUCAACACGAGCCCAUGCAAGCCACAUGCAAGCCAUAUAUGGCACCAACAACGGAGGACGAUCCAAACCAAGGCUAUCCGUCUAGCCGUCAACAGGUUUCCGCCCUCUCAACUUGGCUGCGACCUUGCUAUUUUUCUGGAAGCGACAUGGAAAAAGCACAGCAAAAGCGCGAACGAGGCAAGCGAUCCGACAGGUUGGUAGAGCUUCCCGCAUGGAGGGGGAAGGGUCUAGGAUCGGCCCGCCUAAGUGGUAAGGUGCCAGAUCUUGUAUCAUGUACCAUCCCGACCAGGUCCCUGGGUCUCCCUCACCCACUUUCAUCCUGGGCUUCACCCGCUUGGCGAUAUUCCUGUGUGACUCGAUCAUGGCUUCUGACAAAUGCUAGCCCCGUAGCUGCCAUGCAGGGAGACUGAUCUGGCAGUCGAAAUCUCGGUGAGAGCCCGCCGACUUUCAUUUCUCGGCACGCCUCUCCAUUCCCCAAUUGAACCUACCCAUGGUGGGGAAGUGAGGCUUUAGAAGCCUAUAUACUAAUCAUGGGUCUUUAGACUAGGAUAUUUUCUUCCGGCAGCGUCGUUAUAGGGCAGAGAUUUCCCAUCCUAA